GAACUCCUUGGUCAGUUUUAUCUACAAGCUAGAGAACGAGUACGACCGACUCACAUGCGGCAGACAGAGGGGCGCGUGCCGGUGUUCAGCCAUGAGGUAGUGCCUGACCAUCUUCGAACUAAGCCUGACCCUGAGGUGGAGGAGCAGGAGAAGCAGCUGAUCACAGAUGCAGCUCGAAUUAGCCCUGAUGUGGCACAGAAACAGAUCCAAAGUCUGAACAAAAUGUGCUCAAAUCUGCUGGAGAAAAUCAGUAAGGAGGAGCGUGACUCUGAAAGUGGAGGUUUACGACAGAACAAGCAGACUUUCAACCCUGCAGAUACCAAUGCGCUGGUGGCAGCUGUGGCCUUUGGGAAAGGACUGUCAAACCGGAGACCCCCUGGCUCUGGAGGAUCUGUCCAGUCAGGCCAGCCAGGAGCUGGUGCCAUCAUUGCAGGUGCUUCAGGCAUGCAGCAGGUCCCAAUGUCAGGUGCACCAGCUCAGCAGCAGCCAAUGCUGGCAGGAGUGCAGAUGGCACAAGCAGGACAGCCAGGAAAAAUGCCGAGUGGCAUAAAAACAAACAUCAAAUCUGCCUCAAUGCAUCCAUAUCAGAGAUGAGCUGAGAUGAACUAGACCCAGGGAACAGCAGUAACCAGCAUUGUUCCUGCUGCAGCCACCACACCUGGUUUCCUUCUAGGACUUCCAAGUCCCUCCACGUAUCCACAAACCAUAUCCAGGGAGAUAGGGGUUAUGAGGCCCUUCCCUGGGUUUUAUUUAGUGCUGGGUAGCUUGUGUGGAGCUGCUAGUGGCCAUGCCUCCUGGACACAAGUACUUCUCUGUUCAGUUGGAGCAGAGGACUUUGCUUCCGGUAUUGAUCCCAUCUUCUUCAGGUCUGGCCUGGAGGACAACUACCCUUUCCUGAUACAGAACCUGAAGAGCGGCACGGAGCACUCUGCUCCUUGUUUCUGCUUGUUCACUCGGGAUGUUCUUUCUUUACUCCCUCUCGUUGAAUAAAGACCUUGUUAUGCACAC